GCAGCUGCUGGAAGCCUCCUCCGACCGCUCUUUUUUCCCUUCACCGUCAUCUCUCUGCCCCCACCCCCUUCCCGUGGAGUCUUUGCCUGAUCCAGUGCGUUUCCCUCCAGUCUCCACAUUUUCCCUUCCAGCCCUCCACUUCUCUGGAUCAAUGGAUAGUACGGCUCCAACUCCCACCUCACACACCGCUGGCGGACACCCCAGUAACAAGUGAGAGCGCUCCACCCCGCAGACCCCUGCCUCUCCUCCCCGGGUCCCCUCGGCUCUUGGAGGAAAAACAAACAGCAUCCCCAGAUCUCCUGCGGAUUUUUCUUUUUCAACUUUAUCCAGCCUUGGACAGGGAACCAGCCUCGACCUUUUAAUGCACAGCCCCGCCACAGGAUUGCUUUCUAUCUCCUCUUGGUCCCUUCUGGAUAUUUUCUUUAUUGAUGACUCAAGAACCCCGUGGAGAGCGGUUUUCCCUCUUCUUCCUCCCUCUGUCUCCUUGAGUUAGUUUUCUAAGGUUUUACCGGAGCUUGGCAUCUCUUGGACCGAAUGGAACUUUUCGCUGCCUCCUUUUGCUGCUGAUUCUGUCAGUGGACGAGCAAAGAGGCAGAAGAGGCACAGGGGAGGUGGAGAAAGAGGUGGAGGAAGAGGACGAGGAGGAGGAGGAGGAAGCCGAAGGGGCUCGGCGCGUGUGUGUGCAUGUGUGCAUGCGUGUGUGAGUGCAUGUGUGUGAGUGCCGCCACUGCCCAGGACCUCUGGCCCCGAAGGUGUUGGCUGAAAUAUGGAGAAUAGUCUUGGAUGUGUUUGGGUACCCAAGCUGGCUUUUGUACUCUUCGGAGCUUCCCUGCUCAGCGCACAUCUUCAAGUCACCGGUUUCCAGAUUAAGGCUUUCACAUCCCUGCGCUUCCUGUCAGAGCCUUCCGAUGCUGUCACGAUGCGGGGAGGAAAUGUCCUCCUGAACUGCUCUGCUGAGUCUGACCGAGGCAUCCCGGUUAUCAAGUGGAAGAAAGAUGGCGUCCACCUGGCCUUGGGAAUGGACGAAAGGAAGCAGCAACUUUCAAACGGCUCUCUGUUGAUACAAAACAUACUCCACUCCAGGCACCAUAAGCCAGAUGAGGGACUUUACCAAUGCGAGGCAUCUUUGGGAGAUUCUGGGUCAAUUAUUAGCCGGACGGCGAAAGUUGCAGUAGCGGGACCACUGAGGUUCCUAUCGCAGACAGAAUCUGUCACGGCCUUUAUGGGAGACACAGUGCUACUCAAAUGUGAGGUUAUUGGGGAGCCUAUGCCAACAAUACAUUGGCAAAAAAACCAACAAGACCUGAUUCCCAUCCCAGGUGAUUCCCGAGUGGUGGUGUUGCCCUCUGGAGCCUUGCAGAUCAGCAGACUUCAACCUGGGGACACUGGAAUCUAUCGAUGCUUAGCCCGGAAUCCAGCCAGCUCAAGAACAGGAAACGAAGCAGAAGUCAGGAUUUUGUCAGAUCCAGGACUACAUAGGCAGCUGUAUUUUUUGCAAAGACCAUCCAAUGUAGUAGCCAUUGAAGGAAAAGAUGCCAUCCUGGAGUGCUGUGUUUCUGGCUAUCCUCCCCCGAGUUUUACCUGGUUACGAGGAGAGGAAGUCGUCCAACUCAGGUCCAAAAAGUAUUCUUUACUGGGUGGAAGCAAUCUGCUUAUCUCCAAUGUGACAGAUGAUGAUAGUGGAACUUACACCUGUGUUGUUACAUAUAAAAAUGAGAAUAUUAGUGCCUCUGCAGAGCUCACGGUCUUGGUUCCGCCAUGGUUUUUAAAUCACCCUUCCAACCUGUAUGCCUAUGAAAGCAUGGAUAUUGAGUUUGAAUGUUCUGUCUCUGGAAAGCCUGUGCCCACUGUGAAUUGGAUGAAGAAUGGAGAUGUGGUCAUUCCUAGUGAUUAUUUUCAAAUAGUGGGAGGAAGCAACUUACGAAUCCUUGGAGUGGUAAAGUCAGAUGAAGGCUUUUAUCAAUGUGUAGCUGAAAAUGAGGCUGGAAAUGCCCAGACCAGUGCACAGCUCAUUGUCCCUAAGCCUGCUAUCCCAAGCUCCAGUGUCCUCCCUUCUGCUCCCAGAGAUGUGGUCCCCGUGUUGGUUUCCAGUCGGUUUGUCCGCCUCAGCUGGCGCCCACCUGCAGAAGCAAAAGGGAACAUUCAAACCUUCACGGUCUUUUUCUCCAGAGAAGGUGACAACAGGGAACGAGCAUUGAAUACAUCCCAGCCUGGGUCCCUUCAGCUUACUGUGGGAAACCUGAAGCCAGAAGCCAUGUAUACCUUCCGAGUUGUGGCCUACAAUGAGUGGGGACCAGGAGAGAGUUCUCAACCCAUCAAAGUGGCCACUCAGCCAGAGUUGCAAGUUCCAGGGCCAGUAGAAAACCUGCAAGCUGUAUCUACCUCACCUACCUCAAUUCUUAUUACCUGGGAACCCCCUGCCUAUGCAAAUGGUCCAGUCCAAGGUUACAGAUUGUUCUGCACUGAGGUGUCCACGGGAAAAGAACAGAAUAUAGAGGUUGAUGGACUAUCUUAUAAGCUGGAAGGCCUGAAAAAAUUCACGGAAUAUACUCUUCGAUUCCUAGCUUAUAAUCGCUACGGGCCAGGAGUAUCUACUGAUGACAUAACAGUGGUUACACUUUCUGAUGUGCCAAGUGCCCCGCCUCAGAACAUCUCCCUGGAAGUAGUUAAUUCAAGGAGUAUCAAAGUAAGCUGGCUGCCUCCUCCAUCAGGAACACAAAAUGGAUUUAUUACCGGCUAUAAAAUUCGACACAGAAAGACGACCCGCAGGGGUGAGAUGGAAACAUUGGAGCCAAACAACCUCUGGUACCUGUUCACAGGACUGGAGAAAGGAAGUCAGUAUAGUUUCCAAGUGUCAGCCAUGACAGUCAAUGGCACUGGACCACCUUCCAACUGGUAUACAGCAGAGACUCCUGAGAAUGAUCUGGAUGAGUCUCAAGUCCCUGACCAGCCAAGCUCUCUUCACGUGAGGCCCCAGACCAAUUGCAUCAUCAUGAGUUGGACUCCUCCCUUGAACCCCAACAUCGUGGUGCGAGGUUACAUAAUUGGUUAUGGCGUUGGGAGCCCUUAUGCCGAGACAGUGCGUGUGGAUAGUAAACAGCGAUAUUAUUCUAUUGAGAGGUUAGAGUCAAGUUCCCAUUAUGUCAUCUCCCUAAAAGCUUUUAACAAUGCAGGAGAAGGAGUUCCUCUUUAUGAAAGUGCCACCACCAGAUCUAUAACAGAUCCCACUGACCCAGUUGAUUAUUAUCCUUUGCUUGAUGAUUUCCCCACCUCGGUCCCAGAUGUCUCCACCCCCAUGCUCCCACCAGUAGGUGUACAGGCUGUGGCUCUUACCCACGAUGCUGUGAGGGUCAGCUGGGCAGACAACUCUGUCCCUAAGAACCAAAAAACAUCUGAAGUGCGACUUUACACUGUCCGGUGGAGGACCAGCUUUUCUGCGAAUGCGAAGUACAAGUCAGAAGACACAACAUCUCUGAGUUACACAGCAACAGGCCUCAAACCCAACACGAUGUAUGAGUUCUCGGUCAUGGUAACAAAAAACAGAAGGUCAAGCACAUGGAGCAUGACUGCCCACGCCACCACAUAUGAAGCAGCCCCGACCUCUGCUCCCAAGGAUUUGACAGUCAUUACUCGAGAAGGGAAGCCUCGUGCUGUCAUUGUGAGUUGGCAGCCUCCCUUGGAAGCCAAUGGGAAAAUUACCGCUUACAUCUUGUUUUAUACCUUGGAUAAGAACAUACCAAUUGAUGACUGGGUUAUGGAAACAAUCAGUGGUGAUCGGCUUACUCAUCAAAUCAUGGAUCUCAACCUUGACACUAUGUAUUACUUUCGAAUUCAAGCACGAAAUGCAAAAGGAGUUGGGCCCCUGUCUGAUCCCAUCCUCUUCAGGACUCUGAAAGUAGAACACCCUGACAAAAUGGCUAAUGACCAAGGUCGUCAUGGAGAUGGAGGUUAUUGGCCAGUUGAUACUAAUUUGAUUGAUAGAAGCACUCUCAAUGAGCCACCCAUUGGCCAGAUGCACCCCCCACACGGCAGUGUCACUCCUCAAAAGAACAGCAACCUGCUUGUAAUCAUUGUGGUCACCGUUGGCGUCAUCACAGUGCUGGUGGUAGUGAUCGUGGCUGUGAUUUGCACCCGGCGCUCUUCAGCCCAGCAGAGAAAGAAACGGGCCACCCACAGUGUUGGCAAAAGGAAGGGCAGCCAGAAGGACCUCAGGCCCCCUGAUCUUUGGAUACAUCAUGAAGAAAUGGAGAUGAAAAAUAUUGAGAAGCCAUCAGGUACUGACCCUACAGGAAGGGACUCCCCCAUCCAAAGUUGCCAAGACCUCACACCAGUCAGCCACAGCCAGUCAGAAACCCAGCUGGGGAGCAAAAGCACCUCUCAUUCAGGUCAAGACACUGAAGAAGCAGGGAGUUCCAUGUCUACUCUGGAAAGGUCACUGGCUGCCCGCCGAGCCCCUCGGGCCAAGCUUAUGAUUCCUAUGGAUGCUCAGUCCAACAAUCCUGCUGUCGUGAGUGCCAUCCCUGUGCCAACCCUGGAAAGCGCCCAGUACCCAGGAAUCCUUCCAUCUCCCACGUGUGGAUACCCCCACCCACAGUUCACCCUCCGGCCUGUGCCAUUCCCAACAUUGUCUGUGGACCGAGGUUUUGGAGCAGGAAAAAUGAGUGAAGGACCAACCACCCAGCAGCCACCCAUGUUGCCCCCAGCACAGCCUGAGCAUCCCAGCAGUGAGGAGGCACCAAGCAGAACCAUCCCCACGGCUUGUGUUCGACCAACUCACCCACUCCGCAGCUUUGCUAACCCUUUGCUACCUCCACCAAUGAGUGCAAUAGAACCGAAAGUCCCUUACACACCACUGUUGUCUCAGCCAGGGCCUGCUCUUCCCAAGACUCAUGUUAAAACAGCCUCUCUUGGGUUGGCUGGUAAGGCAAGAUCUCCUUUGCUCCCUGUAUCUGUGCCAACAGCUCCUGAAGUAUCUGAGGAAAGCCACAAAGCAACAGAGGAUCCAGCCAAUGUGUAUGAACAGGAUGAUUUGAGUGAACAAAUGGCAAGUUUGGAAGGGCUAAUGAAGCAACUUAAUGCCAUCACAGGCUCGGCCUUUUAACACGUAUUACCCAAUUGAUGAGGUGUAUUUUCCGGGAACUUUGCAGCAUACCAAUAACCCAUAAACAGCACACCUGUGUCCAAGAACUCUUAACCAGUGUACAGGUCAACAAUCAGGACCACUCACGGAGGAUCCUGAAGCGGUUCAGAAGGAAUAAGUGUCCCUUCUUUCAUAGGCAUCAGGAAUUUCACAAUGAUUACUAUGGGGUCCCUAAACAAAAGUAAAUAAACGUCUUCACUGCAAUGUCAAAGCUGAAGCUGCUAGACUAGUCCUGGGUCUUUGCCACUGCAGUGACCACACCGUCAUAACUAAUGCUUAUGUUUUCCUUCAUCGAGGCCUGUCAUUUCCUUUUCCUGUAGGUCUAGUCUCACAAAAUGCAAGUGCAUUAUUGAAGCCUGUCCCAUCCCGUGGCAAAUCAGUGCAAGCUCAUUAUUUCGUUUUCAACUUCAAA